AUGAAUGUAGCCGCCCCCGUUUGGUGCAUCCUUGCUGUGGCCUGUGCCAGACUUGGGGAGUGCCUUUUCCUCCGACAGUCUGACGCGCGGGAUUUCUAUCCACAGCUCGCGCCUUUGCUUGCAGCAGUAAACGAGACUUCCAAGCUUGAAUCCGAUACAACUGCCUCGUUGUCAGCUCCAUACCUGCACAGCAUUGAAGCGACCCUGACAAGCAUGGCCCAGGGCUUGUCACAGGCUCCUGGAGACUCAGUGAGUCAAGUGAAAGCCGAUGUGGUGAGAAUGAUUGACAACUUGCUCAGACCAAGGAUUUUGGCAGAACAUGAUGCCAUUCAGUCCCAAGUUGCAGCAUUUAGCAGCUCCUUUGCCAAGUGCGAAACGGAGCGUGCCGUUGCCCUGAACCAGUCUUACAGCAAACAGGAGGGGCUUCCUCUCCUGAUCGCUAACCACAAAGCUUGCCGCUUGCACGAAAGCAAAUUGGGGUAUGGGCUCGCAUCCUGCAAGGAAACCUUACAAUCUUCAAAGGAGGUCGAUGCAUCGACAUGUGAGGCCGCCAAAAUGGAGGGAAUUCCUGAUGUCACCAGCUGUGCCUCUCACGGAGAAGAUGUGGAGCAAUACCAUCGUCGGGUCAUAGCGCAGUUUCGAGAACGACUUGAUAGCAUUCGGCACAAAAAGGUGCUCUGUUCAAACACCACCGAAGCUUUGAAGCUACAGGAGGCCGUUUGCGCGGGACAGGCCGAUGAGAUCCAGCAACACAGGUCCAGGUGCAACUCUAGACAGGAAGAAAUCGACUCCACCGUGUGUGAUCUUUCCACGUCAAUGAGCACGACUUGUGCACGUUACAAAGCGUGCAGAUCGCAGGUAACAGUGUCGUAUGAUUUGGUGCGGCGCACGGUGCAAUCACGGGAGGAGACCCUUCAGGAUGAGUGGAAGGCCCUGGGAAGAAUAGAGUGCAUUCUGGAUGCGAUGUCAAAGUUGGAUGCGGUAGUAGCCACCCAAGAGUGCUUCCACGCUUCAUACAGUGUCAGCCAUCUGAAUGUGAAUUAUGUCACGAUCCCAGAGUCGGCUCCAUGUGCAGCUUUGGCAGAAAUUCCGGGAACAGCGGAGUACAACAACACGGUCUUCCAGGGGUUACCUGACAAUGUUCCCUUGGCGAUGUGCAGCGCUGAAUGUUGCUAUAGGUCCAGCACGCCUGUAAGAUAA